UUUGUUUUUCAAAUUUGCAAAAGCGAUAGUCUUCGAAAACCCAUACCCACAUUAUGGGUUCCGCCUGCAGCUGUUGUGAGUCAGACAAGGUUGAUGAAGGGGUUCCGUCAAGAGAUGGUCAUUCUCCGUGGCGUAUCUUUACCUUCAAGGAGUUGCAUAUAGCCACUAACGGUUUCAGUGAAGAUAAUAAGCUUGGAGAAGGAGGUUUUGGAAGUGUUUACUGGGGAAAAACAUCCGAUGGUCUUCAGAUCGCAGUGAAGCAAUUGAAAUCGAUGAAUUCAAAGGCUGAGAUGGAAUUCGCAGUAGAAGUGGAAGUUCUUGGAAGGGUACGUCACAAGAAUCUGUUGGGACUGAGGGGUUAUUGCGCUUCGGCUGAACAACGACUUAUUGUCUAUGAUUACAUGCCAAAUCUUAGUUUGUUAUCUCACCUCCAUGGCCAAUUUGCUAAUGAAGUUCAACUUGAUUGGAAAAAGAGAAUGAAAGUUGCUAUCGGCUCAGCUGAGGGACUACUGUACUUGCACCAUGAAGUAACACCCCACAUAAUCCACAGAGAUAUAAAGGCAAGUAACGUCCUCCUAGACUCGAACUUCGAUCCACUAGUAGCUGAUUUUGGGUUCGCCAAGCUAAUCCCAGAUGGUGUUAGUCACAUGACCACAAGGGUUAAGGGAACCCUAGGUUACCUAGCUCCUGAAUACGCCAUGUGGGGAAAGGUCUCAGAAAGCUGCGACGUUUACAGCUUUGGCAUUCUUCUCCUUGAACUUGUUACAGGACGAAAACCCAUUGAGAAGCUCCCUGGAGGUGUCAAACGAACCAUAACCGAAUGGGCUGAACCUUACAUUGAAAAAGGUCGUUUUCGCGAGCUGGCUGACCCAAAACUGAGAGGCAAUUUUGACGAGGAACAGUUGAAACAGUUCAUAAAUGCUGCGGCACUUUGUGUGCAAAGUGAACCAGAGAGGAGGCCUAAUAUGAAAGAAGUUGUGGAGCUGCUUAAAGGGAAUGAACCUAAAGGGAAAGUUAUGCAGUUGAGGUUGAAGAGUGUCAAGUAUGGUGAUGAUCUUGUGAGUAUGGAUCAAGCUAGUGAUGAAGAUUAUGACAGUGAUGCAAAGGGUGGUGGUCGGUAUGAUGAAAGUGAUGCUUAUGGAGUGUUUGGUGCCAUGAGUAAUGUGCAAAGGAUGCAUGAUCCAUACAAGAGGUAUGCAGACAGAAUGGGGAAGAAAGGCUGAUAUGAAGAUCUUGAAAUUUCAAUUGAAAAACAUCAAAUCUUCCAUUUUCAGAUGCGGUUUCCUAGGAUGUUUUAAAAAAAAAUAUUUGUUGAAUAUCCCAUCGCAGAAAAAUAUGGGUUUAUAUACAGGGAGCU